CCCCGCCCACCGCCAAUCACGUGAGUCGCCAAGAUGGCGGCGCUUGGGCGUGAGGCCGGAGACGACGUGCGGGUUGCCGGUCUGGUGCCGGUGGGAGCUGCGGAAGUGCCUAAGGACAUCAAGAUACCAACAUACACACAUGGUCAGUCCAGGCCUUCUCCAGGAGAUGCAAAACUCAGAAAACCAGUGGUCAUUGAAAUCAUAGAAAAAAAAAUUGAAUGCCUUAGAAAAGAAAAGACUUUAAAUAUAUAUGGAACACUGACUUUUGGAACAACAGCUGCUUUCUCUGGAAUGUUGACAAAUUUCAUUUUCAGACAUCGCUUCAAGGUCACAUAUGAUGUUUUGAAGACAUAUGCAUCAUUGACUGCACUUCCAUUUUUGUCUACCAUAGUUUCUUACAAGCUUCUUGUAACAGAUGCUUUGUAUUCAGGUAACAUAAGCCAGGAAGAUUGUGUUCUUAGAAGCUCGCUGAUUGGCAUAGCAUGUGGCGUUCUAUAUCCCGCUGCUUUGGCUUUUUCUCAGAAUGGACGCCUGGCAUUCAAGUAUCAUACUGUUCCCCUGCCACCAAAAGGAAGGGUUUUACUUUAUUCGCUACUGCUUUGUCAUUCAGAGAUAAAAGCAAUGGUGAUCCCUCUCAUCCUUCAGACAACCUUUGGAAUAUUUCAUGGUCUGCAGCACUAUGCAAUAUUUGAAAGUACACUUGAGAAAACCGUACAUGAAGAUUAACCAAAGAAUGAAUGGACACUAAAUCAGCUGAAUGAACUUUUUUAUAAGGACUCAGGCAUUGCUAAAAGAGUUAAAAAAUAGUUCUGGAUAGACAGAUUGUCUCUUUUCCUUUUGCCCAGUAUACAGCAGGUGUUCAAUAAAUAUUCAGUAAAUAAAUGUAGGUUUUGUCUCUCUUUCGUUAUUAUAUGUGGAAAUGGGCUUGAAGCCCCAAGGUCUAAUCUAUACAUUUAUAUAUUUAUCAUUCAUAAACAUUUAUUGAGCACCUGCUAGGUCUCAGACCUUGUGUUACUUUUAAUAAGAAAUUGUCCUUACCCAGAAGAAACUCACAAUUAGAAAUGUAAACACACAGCAUGAGAGGGUUUGAGAGGUAUACAUGUAAUUCUGUGAGCAUACUGAGGAUGUAGCUGUUAAAUACUUGUACAGAGGGAAAGCUAUGGGGAAAUGUGACAUUUUCCUAAAUUUUGAAGGGAAAGUUGAAAGUUCACAAGAAAUCAAUAUAGAAAUAACAUAACAACCCAUUCCUCUAAACUCUAAUUCAGUAUACUUAGUAGCUCUUAAUCAUUAACAAAUUAUCUUCACUAUGCUAUUUAAAGAACAUUUAUUGGGACUUCCGGGAUGGUCUAGGGACUUUUAAGACUCCAUGCUCCCAGUGCAAAGAGCCUGGGUUUGAUCCCUGGUCAGGGAACUAGAUCCCACAUGCUGGAACUUAAAUAGUUCACAUGCCAUAACUAGAGAUCCCACUUGCCCCAAUGAAGAUUAAAGAUCCUAUAUGCUGCAACUAAGCCCCAGCACAGCCAAAUAAAUAUUUUUGAAAGAAAGAACAUUUAUUGAGUACCUAUUUGCUAUUAAUUAAUACAGGUACCAGACAAAGAUUCAGUCCUUGCCCUCAAGAAAAUUAAUCUAAAGAAGGAGGUCACAGCAUGCUUCUAAGUCUGCUACAGCACUCCUAAGCUACACAUUAAUUAAGGAAACCUAGUGCCAAAAAUGAACACUGAUGAAAACAACAAGACAUGCAAUGGAAUCUCACAGCUUAUUCUCUAUCUUAAUCAUGUUCAUCUGGAGAUUUAAGGAUUUGGUCAUCUGAGGCCCCAAGCAACCUAGAGCAGAAAUGGAAAUCUUAACAAGGCACUUUAUAGCAUCAAAUAUAACAAUCUAGAACACAUACACUCCUGCUAAUUAAAAAAAAACGGUAGUAAGUCAUUCAGCUCUAUUCUCAGAAUUCUAAUUCAUGAUGCCUGAAACAGGAAAAGGCAGGUGAAAGGAGGGAGAGAGGGAACCAAGUCAAGUAGGUAACUAGAUCAAUGGUAUUACUAUUAACUCUUAAAAAUUAAUAAGCAACAAGUACAUGAAAACCUCAUUGUGAGAUAUUCAAAUGAUCCAGAAGAAUAAAAAGUGAGACAUGAAAGUCCCCUUUCACACCCACUCCACCCUAUUUCUACUCUGUUCUCCAGAGGUAACUACUAAGUUAGCAGUCUCUUUCCUUAUAGUCGUCUUUUGUAAUUUACAUAUUUUUUAGUAAAUGGUAUUAUCCAUACAUAUUAUAUUGGAAAUUAAUUUUCCCUUCACUGUAUAUCUUGGAGAUCUUUCCAGCUCAUUUCAUAUAGGUCUAAUAUGUUCUUUUUUAGUGACUAAAAAACAUUCUUAGUGAUUCCAGUAUUCACAUAGGUGACCCUUUCAACACCUUGGUCUAUCAUACCACUUAUUCCCAUGGUCAUAUUCUAGACCUGUGCCAUCCAAUAUAUAAUAGCCAUUAGUCUUUGUGGCUGCUGAGCAUUUGAAAUGUGACUGGUCUAAAUUGAGAUAUGUAUGUUGUAAAAUAUACAUUAGAUUUUAGAAAUUUACUAUGUAAAAGAAUGUAAGAUACCUCAAUCUUGAUUACAUGUUGAAAUGUUACUCUUUGGGGUAUACUGGGUUAAAUAAAUAAAAUACAUUAAAACUGA